GUAUUUUAAUGGCGUUUUCCAUUUCUGCUUUUUAUCAUUCAAUUACGCGCAUAGUCAACAAAGUCAGAUGUCAGAAGCAAUAUAAAUUGGCGCAAUGGAAUAAAGUUCAUCAUUUAAAUGGUUGCAUUCAGACGGUGUUCACUGGUUUUGUUUUAAGAAGUGGAACAUUUUUGGAAUUUAAAUUUCCAUCCAAAACAAUUAAUUGUACUUUAGAGUUUUUCUUUGUUUUGUCGUAACCUACGAUAUCACACAUUAGGAAGUUUUUAAAAAAGUAGCUACUUUCCUCGGGCGAUCUGUUGAACUUCCCCAUAUAAAAAACCAGUUGAUUAAAAUACAUCUGUCAAUAUUGAAUAUCAUGGGCGUGUGGUUGUUUAGUGUAAUUGGUCUUCUAUUGCUAAGUGAUAGUAAUGCAUUUCUGUUAAGCCGUGAUUUGCCAUGUAAAUACCUGGACUCAAUCAAUAUCACCGAUGGUAUUCGUCAACACGACGACAGUAUUUUGUACAAUGGCAUUACAUUUCCAAAGGAUCAAUAUACAAAGGUAAAUUAUAAAUUGGAAAAAGGAGAGGAACGGGUUUUCGUCGAACCAUACAUUCGUGGUUGCGUUUGUAAUAAAAAACCAUGCAUUCGUCUAUGUUGUCCAAUUGGAAUGUUUUUCGAUGCAACCAUAAUCGGAAGCCAAAAAUGUCAACCACAUAGUGCGGCCAAAGGAUUUACAGCUGAUUUAAUCGAUGAACAAAAUAAAACCGAAAAAAUUACAUUGGACGAUCACUUUGCAUUCGUUAAUGAUCGACCGUGCAAUAGAGUCUAUCUUGCAAGUAACUACAAUGUCACAAUUACACAGAGGGGAUUUAUUUUCUUUGAAAAUAAUACGAUACCACAUCAGAAAUACUGCUUGAAAGCGUCAUUGAAUAAAGAAACCAAUAUUUCAACAUUGGAUUUGGCGAUGUGCUUUACAAAUCAAGAUAAACUUGAAACACGUUACACCAUUUUGCCGUAUGGCAUGUUAUUAUCCGUACCGUUUAUAUUGGCCACAAUUUUGGUUUAUAUUUGUUUACCCGAAUUAAGAAAUUUGCAUGGCAAAUGCUUGCUAUGCUAUUUGAUUGGCCUCAUCAUUGGCUACACAGCCAUGGCAUUGGUGCAACUGAAUGGAAUGAACUAUGUUGAACCGUUGAUUUGUAAAUCAGUUGGUUAUCUCAUAUACUUCUCAUUUUUAUCCGCAUUCCUUUGGUUAAGUGUCAUCAGCUUUGAUCUCUGGUGGAAUUUCCGUACAACCAGUGGAUUCCUUGUUUUCUCCGAGAAAAUGCGAUUCACUUUAUAUAUGAUCUAUGCUUGGGGCCUUUCAUCAUUGUUAACAUUCACUGUUUUUAUUCUCGAUUCAAUGCCAUCCAUUUCGGAAAGUAUUCGACCAGGCAUUGGAGUUGGUACCUGUUUCUUGAAAAAAACGGUGGCAUCUCAAUUCGUAUUCUUUUAUAUGCCAUUGUGCAUUAUAUGUACCAUCAAUAUAAUAUUCUUCCUAUUGACCGCGUUAAAAAUUCGCAAAGUACAACAAGAUCUCAAAAAAAUAACAUCACACGAGGAGAGUUCAAGACAUCAGAGUAAAUUCAAUCAUGACAAAGACAAUUUCACAUUGUAUUUACGAUUAUUUAUCGUAAUGGGAGUGACCUGGAGCAUGGAAGGAAUAUCAUUUUUAAUAUCUGAAAACAGUGACUUUUUCUUAUUAACCGACAUCUGCAACACCAUUCAGGGUGUAUUGAUAUUUGUAUUGUUUGUAUUGAAGCGUCGUGUUGUGCGUUUAAUUAAGAAAAGAUGGCAAGGUUGUUUUGGCAAAGCGACUACAAGUGGAAGUGUCGCAACGAAUAGCACGUCAGCUACUUAUGCACCAUCAAAUAUUGUCUUGAAUCAGAUAUCGUGUCCAAAUGAAAAAUCAAAAGGAACUUGUUGAUACCGUAUGCUCCUUUCAGGGUUUUCGAUUCGAAAAUUUUCUGAUUUCAUUAUGAUUCGAGCUAUUAUCAUUUUCUUUAAAACAAAAUGAUAUCAAAUUGAGAAUUCAUGUCAAAUUCUGACAAAAUGUAUUUUAUAUUUGAGUUUUCUCAGGGAGCCAAUUAGAAUUUAAUGAAUCAGAUAAAUAAAACAAUGAGAUUUUGAGUUAACGAUAGACUGAUACAGACUCAUUUUUCCGACACCAAAUUCACAAAAUCCUGUAAGUGUAAUUAAAUGUUAAUGUGUUAAUUGUAUUAUUCUCUACAUGUAGCGAAUUAAAUGUGGAGAUUGAAAUGAUCUAAAUUUAUUCAAUAGAACUUAGUUAUUUUUGAAUGUUUUUGAUGGAUUUAAUGAAUUUCAAUAAAUGUAUACUUCAAUAA